AUGGCUCCGAGCAUGCCGAAUAACUAUGAGCUUGAGGUUGUCAGAUCUGCGAAGAAAGGGGAGUCGAUAUCGAAGAUCACAACCAGAGACUUGAAUGUGGAUCGUGACAAUGACGAUUUAAUUCGCUUGGGUAAAAGGCCAGUGUUGAAGCGCAACUUCGGGUUUAUGUCAAUCUUGGGGUUUAGUUGCACUAUUCUUAUAACGUGGGAAGGAACUCUGAUUUUGUUUCUCUCUGGUUUUCAGAAUGGUGGUCCGGCAGGAGUUGUGUACGGAUAUCUUCUCGUUUGGAUCGGAACAUUGAGCGUAUUCGCAACGUUGUCAGAAUUGGUUUCCAUGGCACCUACCUCAGGUGGCCAGUAUCAUUGGGUUUCAAUGCUCGCACCUCCUUCCUGCGCAAAGUUCUUAAGUUACAUAACAGGUUGGCUCACAGGCUUGAUAGCUUUGACCGUGCCGGACUACAAUCCGCAGGCAUUUCAUGGAACACUAACAUUUUGGGCCGUCAUACUCUUUGGGGUAUUUGUCAACACGGUUGUCAGUAACCAGUUACCAAAGUUCGAAGGGUUGAUUUUGAUUCUCCAUGUUCUGGGCUUUUUUGCGGUGUUGAUACCACUGGUGGUUCUGGCACCGCACGGUAACUCGUCGGACGUGUUCACAGUAUUUUUGAAUGGAGGAGGCUGGCCAAACCAAGAAUUGUCUUUCUUCGUGGGGCUUCUCGGAAAUGUGUUCGCGUUUAUUGGAGCAGAUGGAGCUUACCAUAUGUCAGAAGAGAUACACAAUCCCUCUAUUGUUGUGCCCCGAUCCAUUAUGCUUAGCGUUAUCUUGAAUGGCAUGAUGGGAUUCGCUAUGGUGAUUGCGGUACUUUUUUGUUUAGGUGAUAUUGAUACCGUACUUGCUACGAAUACAGGAUAUCCCUUUAUGGAGAUAUUUAUUCAAGCAACUCAUUCAGUAGCUGGUAGCGCUGUCAUGGCAGCAAUCGUUACUAUGCUUGCUCUAUGUUCAACAGUCGGCUUGCUAGCAUCAACGUCACGUAUGUUCUGGUCCUUUGCUCGAGAUCGAGGUCUACCAGGUUGGAAAACCCUGCAUAAGGUGAAUGCACGCACGUCAGUCCCUAUAUGGUCGGUGGCAGUUACAACAGUGAUAUCCUGUCUGCUUGCCCUUAUCAACAUUGGAUCAGCUACAGCCUUCAACAACAUCGUUUCUCUUAGCAUAGUCGGCUUGUUCACCUCAUAUCUCUUAGCCGCUGGACUCCUUCUUUUCCGAAGGCUGACGGGAUUUAUCAAACUUGCUUCCGACUCUCCCACAGAACUUGUCAACACAGCAAAUGCAACUAUAGUCUGGGGCCCAUGGCAUAUACGAGGGAUUCUUGGUGUUGUCAAUAAUACCUUCGCUUGCAGCUACUUGAUAGUGAUUUUAUUUUUCAGCACUUGGCCACCAGCUACGCCAGUUGUGCCUUCAACAAUGAACUAUAGCAGCUUAAUGCUUGGUGCCGUUAUAAUAUUCUCUAUCGCAUAUUACUUAAUUUAUGCGAGGAAAGAAUAUCAAGGUCCUGUGCUAGAAACUGAGCAGCCGAUAUAUGGAUCGUAG